ACAAGCCAACAUUAAAUUAAACUAAAUUAAAUUAAGUUGCUUAAUUGUAUCCUGCUCCUUACCUUAAAUAAGCAGUCAACUUCGCCCACUUCCACUUGAAACAAGCAUCUUCCUCUCUCGAUCCCCUCUACUAGAUACUUCGAAUAGCCAAUUGAACACAGAAACCACCUUGAAUACUAAAGAAAAGUCAUCUACCAUCUGCGAUGAAAGACCACUCUCAACCCAAACAGCGUUCGCCAAGUGGAUCGAGGAUCAAAGAAUCCAUCAAUGGUCUCGUCCAUCGAGUCAAGGAAGUCAUCAGUCCACCACCAUCAGAGACCAGCUUCCCCAAUUCAUCCCAUCGGGGUCGAUCGCCAGAUAGGAAGGAGUGUCGGACAGCCUCGACCGGUCGCGGUGGGGCAGGCAAUAUGGUCUCCUCUAAAAGUCGCGAAGGCGCAAAGAUCUCGAACAAACAGGACGAAGAGGUCGGCGAACGCUUCAUCAAAAAACAUGCUGACUUGCCCCGCUCGCAUGGGCGUGGAGGCGCGGGUAAUAUCCGGAGUCGAAGUCGGGAUCUUAAAACGAGAGUUGAAGAACAAAGUCGGAUCAAAGAGUUGGAAGAAGAAGAGAAAGCUAUCGAAGCCUUGUACGACGAUCGUCAUAAACUCGAUACCGUUCAUGUUGGCAGAGGCGGGGCUGGUAACAUGAUCCAUUAAUGUCCCUUCGAUCUAAAGAUGCAAACAGAAACGCUAAAACGGUGCAUCAAAGCAUCCGCUUUCUCCAAAUCCCCAUAAAUCAUUUUUCUCUCUCACCAUUCCAAAAACACAAGAAAACCAAUUUUCUUUUCUUUCGGUCGAAGAAAGCAGAAGAAGCAAAAAACCGAAAGACCAAGAUGAUCUGAAUCCGAAGACUUUCUUGAAUCCAGAAUUUCCGUAUUUUAUUAUUUUUCUUUCUUCUUCGAUUAACGGACUUUUCUAACCAACCUCAACACACACACACACAAAAUCAAAUCAAGCAUUGAAAUGAGAUCAAAUCGACACUCAAAAGAAAAAAGAAAGAUGCAUCACCAUUUAAGAAUGAAACAAGAGAGAAAAACAAAUGGCCAACUCAAGAUGAUUGAAAUGAAGCCUUAUACUAAUCACAUCAUGUGUUUUUUCAGUCCUUCCUUCCUUCCCUCCUUCAUUUCUUAAUGCCUUUCUUUUCUUUUUGAUUUUUUUUGUAGUAGUAGUUGUGCUUUCUUCUUUACUUCAUCGUUCAUCUAGUUGGUCGGUCGGUCGGUCCUUGUCGAGACCAUUCUCUUUCUCCCUCUCUCACACAUUUUCCUAAUCUCAUCCUAUCUUAUAUAUCUGUAUGAUUAUGAGUUUCUCUUUUUAAGUUAUUGUGUCUCUUUCUUUCUCUAUCUCUAUCUAUCUAUUCCAAAAAAUGUUAUAUUUAUAUAAUACAAGGCUUUUAUUUAUCUUUUUUUUGGUUCGGAUGAGUUUUCUGAAUAGACAGUUUUCCAUCUCAGCACUGCUUCACUCCAGCCUUGUUUGCAAAACACAUGAUCUCAUCCUGACCGAUGGAUGUGUAAGUAGUGAA